AUGGCCAUGGAAUCUGCCAUUAACGAUUCUCUCGAUUACAUGGGGAAACGGGUCAUUCUGGCCACUGCCAUGGGGGGAUUGGCGGGUGGCUGUCUCGCCGUUCACCGCGGUCAUUCGAUUGCUACCCUGGCCAACAGCAUGGCCCGAUCGUGGGCAUUGACGGCUACCGCGGGUGUGGCGACACAACAAUUGGCGUACGGUGUCUUGGCGAGAACGGCCUGGCCUCCGAAAACCCAGGAACAAAAAAAUGCCCUCAUUUUGGCAUCCCAUGCCCUGGGUGGUAUCUCUGGUGGAUCCGUGUUGGGAUUCUUGUACAUUCAAAAGCCGUUGCGAGGCAUUGUCCUUAUGGCCCCUCUCAUGGUGGCGGUGGGAUUGGCCGAAGUACGAUUUCAAGAACGACAACGACAAUUACUAUUAUUGCAAGAUGCCGAACCCGUCAAACCAACACUCAAUGUCGAUGGAAGUCGGGCUUUGCCACCACCACCAGAUGAACACGAAGCGGAACGGGGGAAACCGUGGUGA